AUGAAUCAACUCGUUAGUCAACAUCCUCUUGCACCUCAUUUGGAUAAUCAACAAAAAGUAAAAGUUACCCAAUAUCUUGUAAGUCAAAAUCCACUGAUAACAAGUUCAAUUGGUCAAGUAGCACAAAAUGAUCUUAUGUCACCACGAUCAUCGGAAACGAGUGAAGUUUGGGUUGAGCCCUCCUCCGUCAGUCUCACGAGUUUAUUGUCAUAUCAAGAUGUGUUAAAUGCAAUCGAACGUGAAUUUCAUUUGCAUGAAGGUCAAGAACGAGAGAUGAUAAUGAAAUUAUGGUUGAAAACGCAAACAAUGCUUUCGUUAUUACGCCGCUAUCGUUAUUUAUUACAAGAUUUAAAUCUAGAUGACAAAGAUUUUGUGGGUGGGAUGAAACGUAUUCGUGAAAUGAUUUAUUUUGGAGAUCGUGAUUUACAUUAUCUUCGAGAACAGAUAGCUCGAUUAGAAGAUCAAAACAGAGUUCUUGAAGAAGAAUUUCGGGAGCAACUACAAAAAAUACAUCAAGAAAAAAAUGAACAAAUAACACGUUUAAAACAGAUAAUCGAUAGAGCAUGUCCUCCUCCAGUAGAAUUCAGUGAUAAUGGACAUGAGUUAACUUAUUCAUCAGGGAAUCAAGAGUUAUUACAACGCUUUAUGGAACAAAAUGUUGAAUUACAACGAGAUAUAGAAACAUUACGUACAAAAUUAGAAUGUACUUUUAUAUUAUUAAAUGAAAAAUUAGAUAAUACUUCACCAUCAUCCAACUCUGUUUUACAAAUAGCCGUUGAACAGUGCAGACAAGCAGAAUAUCAAUUACAAGAGUUAAAAUUUAAAUCAACAACUCAACAAGAAGAAAAUGAUUUGCUAAGAUAUUUGGCGAACGCAGGACAACAAGCACUCGAAAGGGAAAUUUCUCGUGUUAAACAUGAACUUCAUGCAACUGAAAAGAAAAUAACAGAAUUGGAAAGGAGAUUUGAAAAUGCUGAUGAAAAUGUCCAGUUUUCAAUAGAACGACUCAAAUUAAAAUGUGACGUUUUACGUUCACAUAUCGAUUCAUGUAAUAAACGAUUAAGUGAAGCCGGAUCGAGACAAUCAAAUGGAAUUGACAAUAAUAAUUUAGAACAAAUAAUUGAACAAAAUGGCAACCGAACUGGAUCAAACAACGCAGACAUAUUAAUGUUACACAAAGAAUUGGAAAGAUUGCGUGUACAAAACGAACAUUUAACAAACGAACUCAAUUCUACACAUUCAGUACAAUUGGAAAAUGAACUAAUAUUGUUACGCGAGCGUUAUAAUGAAAUGUCAGAAUAUUCUAAUUUUGAAUUAAAUACAAUGAAAAAUCUAUUGAAAGAAGAAAAAGAAAAACGUAUUCUGCUAGAAAGACAAUUGUAUGAAACAAAUCCAAAUGAACCUCGUAUUAAUUUGGAUAUGUUAGAAAAUGAACGACGAAGAUCGACUCAACUUGAACAUGAAUUACUAACAUUAAAAAUGAAAUAUGAAGAUGUUUGUGAACGUGUCACCGGUACUACAUUACAUUUGGAACAUGUAAAAAUGGUUCUUGAUCAAACAUUAAAACGCUGUGAUCAGUUAGAAAAGGAAAAGGCAAAAGACCGAUACUUUAUAUCUAUUAUAUGUUAUAGAGAACAAACUGAUCGUGAACGACGUGAAGGUCAAAUACGUACGGAACAAUUACAGAAUGAAAUUAAACGUCUUAAAGAUGCACUCACCCAUAAGCAAGAAAUUAUAUUUGAAAAAGAUAGAAUAAUUCAAGAUACACAAAUUAACAAUAAAGAAAUUCAGUUAGAGAAACAAACUGCUGAAGAAAGAAUAGCAAACGAAUAUAAACGUUAUAGUGAACUAAUAGAAAGAACGGACGUAAUAAAUGUUGAUACAACUGGUGGUGUCAGUAGCGACAAUCAACGUUUCAACGAUUUCAAAACAAAAGUGAACUCAGCAUUUUCUCUAAAUGAUCUUGAAAAACAGCUUAUAUUCGAAAAAGCAACAAAAGAAUCUUUACAAGUACAAAUUAAACUGUUAGAAGAUGAGAAUGCCGAUCUACGUGACAUAAUGUUACAAAUGCGCAAACGCACACAUGAUGGACGAAAAGAUGAACGUGAUCGUGGCGAUGAAAUAAAUCAAUUGAUUGCUCGUGCUGAAUUUAAUGCUCGUCAAUAUAUGACAAAUUUUAAUAUUUCACCAUUAGACGCAAAUUUCAAUACACCGCCGCACACUCUAACACUUCCAUCAUCGCCUUUAUCAACGCCUAUAAAGAUGGCCUCACCAAUAUCAACAUAA